AUGUCCAUUCAACAUCCAUCAUACAUUCGUCCUUCUACCCAUACCGACAGGGUCAAGAACACCACCUUCUCAGAAUCCUUCUUGAAAGAGAGCGACCCGGUCCAUGCUGCCGACAAGCUCUCCAUAAUCAAGCGUGAUUCUGGCCCCAUCCAGCGUCCCGAAGAAGCCGCCGACCAUGUCUACCCCGGCGGUGCAGCGCUCUUCGACUUUGCUUUUUCGGGAGGCUGGAUGGGGCCAGAAUCACGCUUGAUGAUGGAGAGCUUGUCGGCAGCAUGGAUCGGGUCGCUCUCUUUCAAGAAGGAUUCGGAGAAGGUGGUGUUCUUGACCCUCUGAGAUCUUGGUGGUUGACCCUCUGAGAGUUUGGUGGUUGACGGUUAGAAACGAUAAUGGGCGCUUCCGACUUGCUGCCCAUCUCCUGGCGAGAGCUUGCUGGAUCACAGAGCCCAUAAGUUGUUCGAUAUCAAUUGCGCAAAUGCGCCAUGCAAUCUAAUACGGA